UAUUCUAAAUUCCUUCACAUAAAUUGAAACCGAAGGGGUAGAAAAUAACCUAAAAUAACCCAUGAAAAAUGUGCCCAGAUACCAUAUUCUAUUUUAGUUCACUGAUAUUCAGGCAAUCUAUUCAGACUCUGAUACUGGACGCUAAAUCGGCUCCUUACAUCGAACCAAUCAAUACAAACAUAUCCUAAUAAUACUAUUCUAGUACAAAACAAAUAUGGCAGUAGCUUCAGCAGCUCCAUUAUUGGCAUUGAACGGAGCUGUAAAAAUGGCGACAAAUUCACAGGCAUACUUAGAAGGAACAAAGGUCAAAGAAACCAAGUCGUUAAUAGCCGAAUUAUGCCGCCAUUUUUACAAUCAGGGUUGGGUUUCCGGCACCGGCGGCAGCAUCACCAUUAAAGUUCAUGAUGACUCCAUUCCUAAACCUCAACAGCUUAUCGUCAUGUCCCCUUCAGGGGUGCAAAAGGAAAGGAUGGUGGAAGAGGAUAUGUAUGUGUUGUCUUCAAAUGGAUCAGUUUUAUCUGCGCCAUUGGCCAAACCGUACCCAUAUAAGCCUCCCAAGUGUUCUGAUUGUGCUCCUUUGUUUUUAAAGGCUUAUGAGAUGCGUAAUGCCGGUGCUGUUAUCCAUAGUCAUGGAAUGGAAUCCUGUAUAGUAACAAUGCUCAAUCCACUAUUAAAAGAAUUUCGGAUCACUCAUAUGGAAAUGAUCAAAGGAAUUCAAGGGCACGGUUACUAUGAUGAACUUGUGGUCCCAAUCAUAGAGAACACUGCGCACGAGAGAGAACUCACAGAAUCUCUUACAGAAGCAAUCAAAGCUUAUCCAAAGACAACGGCCGUGCUGGUCCGAAACCAUGGGAUAUAUGUGUGGGGAGAUUCCUGGAUCAGUGCUAAAACUCAGGCUGAGUGUUACCACUAUCUAUUUGAUGCUGCAAUUAAGCUUAAUCAGUUGGGGCUGGACUGGACAACACCAACUCAUGGUCCUAUUCAUAACUCCAAUGGUGCUUUAAGCAGUACCCGAAAUGUCAAGACGUCUGCAAAAGCAGGUGGUCUUUCUUUGAGUGGCGACAUUGAGCCAUUACGGCGCUGCGUCGUUUUGGAUAUUGAGGGAACCACAACACCCAUAUCAUUUGUUACAGAUGUUCUUUUUCCUUAUGCUCGUGAUAAUGUGGGGAGACAUUUGGAUGGAACAUAUGAUUCAGCAGAAACCCAGGAGGAUAUUAAGCUUCUAAGAGCUCAAGUACAAGAAGACUUGGAAAAUGGUGUUGUCGGUGCUGUACCUAUUCCCUCUGAUGAUGCUGGGAAGGAGGAAGUAAUUGCAGCUUUGGUUACCAAUGUUGAGGCAAUGAUUAAAGCUGACCGAAAGAUUACUGCCUUAAAGGAGUUACAGGGGCAUAUAUGGCAAACCGGGUUUCAAAAUAAUGAGUUAGAGGCAGUUGUUUUUGAUGAUGUGCCCGAAGCUCUUGAGAGAUGGUCUGCUUUAGGCCUCAAGGUGUACAUAUACUCAAGUGGAAGCAGAUUGGCACAAAGGCUUAUCUUUGGUUACACAAACUAUGGAGACCUGAGAAAAUAUCUCUGUGGAUUUUUUGAUACAACAGUGGGGAAUAAGAGAGAAACAAAAAGUUACACUGAAAUUACGGCAUCCUUGGGUGUAGAUAAUCCAUCUGAGAUUUUGUUUGUGACGGACGUCUAUCAAGAAGCCAUAGCUUCAAAGGCAGCAGGUUUGGAAGUGAUAAUCUCAGUCAGGCCAGGGAAUGGACCUCUUCCAGAAAAUCAUGGAUUCAGGACAAUCAAAUCCUUUUCAGAGAUCUAAAGAUGGAAUAUAUAUUACUCUGUAACAUUUUUCGCGUGUUUUAUUACGUUAAAUAAAUAAACAAGUUGGUGAA